UAAAGGGGGAACGGUGGAGGGGAGGGCGAACUAGUGAGCGGAGAUAUAAGAGUUCGGGUUGUUGGCUGGGGCAGUUGUCGAGAGGUAGGCUACUGCAAUUGUGUUACAAACCGAAAAAACGAUGAAAUCCGCCGUCGCAGCUGCCGAAACAACAGUAGCAUGGUAGCUUUGGACUGGGGUUUCCAAGACGAGCGCCGAUAUCUACACGUUACUGUAAUUUUAACACCGAAUUACUUAUCCCCCUGAUCGAGUCGGGUAAACCACCGUCCGAGAUGGGGAAGGAGGUUAAUGGUGUUUCGCGGAGCCGGUUUGAGAUGUUCUCAAACAGCGACGAGGCCGUCAUCAAUAAGAAGCUGCCCAAGGAGCUGUUGCUACGAAUCUUCUCCUUUCUGGAUGUGGUGACACUCUGUCGCUGUGCCCAGGUCUCACGGUCGUGGAAUGUGCUCGCCCUGGACGGCAGUAAUUGGCAGAGGAUUGACCUUUUCGACUUUCAGAGAGAUAUUGAGGGGCGAGUGGUGGAGAACAUUUCGAAACGAUGUGGGGGAUUCCUGAGGAAGUUGAGUCUGCGGGGCUGUCUGGGGGUGGGGGACAGCGCUCUGAGAACCUUCUCCCAGAACUGCAGGAAUAUUGAGCUGCUUAGUUUGAAUGGCUGCACCAAGAUUACUGACAGCACAUGUAAUAGCCUCAGUAAGUUCUGUCCCAAGCUCAAGCACUUGGACCUCGCAUCCUGUACCUCAAUCACCAACCUGUCACUCAAAGCACUUAGCGAGGGCUGUCCUCUUUUAGAGCAGCUCAACAUCUCGUGGUGUGACCAGGUGACUAAGGAUGGCAUCCAGGCCUUGGUACGAUGCUGUCCCGGACUCAAAGGCCUUUUCCUCAAGGGCUGCACACAGUUGGAGGAUGAAGCACUGAAGCACAUUGGUGCACACUGUCCAGAGCUGGUCACUCUCAACUUACAGACAUGUUCGCAGAUCACAGAUGAAGGUCUCAUUACUAUAUGCCGGGGCUGUCACCAUCUGCAGUCGCUGUGUGUCUCAGGUUGUGCCAACAUCACAGACGCCAUCCUCCACGCCUUGGGACUGAACUGCCCGCGCCUCAGAAUAUUAGAGGUGGCUCGCUGCUCUCAGCUCACAGAUGUGGGCUUCACUACACUGGCAAGGAAUUGUCAUGAGCUGGAAAAGAUGGACCUGGAAGAGUGUGUGCAGAUCACGGACGGCACACUUAUCCAGUUGUCCAUCCACUGCCCUCGUCUGCAAGUUCUGAGCCUGUCUCACUGUGAGCUGAUUACUGAUGAUGGCAUCAGACAUCUGGGCAGCGGGCCCUGUGCCCACGACCGGCUGGAGGUGAUCGAGCUGGACAACUGCCCCCUGAUCACGGACGCCUCGCUGGAGCACCUGAAGACCUGCCACAGCCUGGACCGCAUCGAGCUCUACGACUGCCAGCAGAUCACCCGCGCAGGCAUUAAGAGACUAAGGACCCAUCUACCUAACAUCAAAGUGCACGCGUAUUUCGCCCCAGUCACCCCACCCCCCUCGGUCGGGGGGAGUCGCCAGAGAUUCUGUCGUUGCUGUAUCCUGCUAUGAUGUGAAGACUGCGCCCCCCCCCUCCCCUCAGCCCAAAAUCUGCCCUUCCACUCAACCUGGCUCGGCAUGGUCCGAUCCGGGCUCCAGGUAUACAUGCUGGUGUGUCCCCCCUGAUUGGAGCCGCAGAGAGAGGGAGAGAGCCCAACCACCACAGGGUCUGGGAAGAACCUUCCCCACGACGUUCCCAAACCCACUCACAACAGCCUUUGUCAAACACACAAAUAAACACACACCCCCACACACACAUCACCACAGAUGAGCGUCAGUACAUUCCCUGCUGUCCCCAGGCCCAUGUGCUAAAGACCACCCAGCAUUACAGGGAGGAUUACAUAAUAGAACCAUUGCUGUUUACAGAUUAGGCUCCUGAUACACUGUAUGGACUACAUGAAACUAGGGCUCACUGGAUACAAGGUUCCCUAUGGACUAGUAUGACCUUUUACUGAAGGAUCAGGAAGAUAGGUUUGGAUCAGAAACUCACAUCCAAUGUGUGUCUGGGUGUUGGGAGGAUAACCAGAAACAUGGCUAGAUCUAUGAGGAUAUUGGUUUGGUAGGAAUGCCCUCAGAAUCUUUCAACGACUGACAAGCUACCUCUAGACAUAACUGCUCUUUUGUUAGCCUCUGGUUCCAGACUGCCCACUCCAAACAUAUAGCUAGGCCAGUUUUUUAUUAUUACAAAAGACCGGUUUCCAUUGGCACUUUGAAGUCAUACCAGGUUGGACUGGCCUUGGUGGGCAAACUGAAAUUGCGUUUCCGCUGCCUCCAAAUAGAAUAAAUGAUGUCAUGUUGCUAGGUAGUCAAUAUGUGUCUGCAGCUGGCUUCGCUAAUGUUGCUAACUGGCAAGAUGUUGACGAAGUUAAAGCAUUGUGAGGGUGAAUUUAAAUAACUUUAACCCAUACUCCUGUCAGUGCUAGCCAUACUCGGAGCCAUGUAAUUUAGCUUGCUAACUAGCCAAACGGUUAGCGUCGCCAUUCGCAAUUAGCUAACUAGCUAACCAGGCAACCGGUUUAAUAUGAUGCAACUACGACCUGGCCAGCUACAAUUCCUGCUAGCUCACUUUAGCUAGCUACAGUAGCUUGUUUUAACUCUGAAAUGCUAGCUAAUAAUGGUAGCUAUCAUUUUAGGGCUGAUUGUUGUCAUAAAGGUUUGUGUAGGGCAAAGAUAUAUGGAUCCAGCUGUGGUGGUAAUUCGUGUCAUGUCUAACUACUGCAUUACUCCUUGUCCAUGUGCUAGCUGUCAGCUCGCACACCCAGAUGAGCUAGCUAAACGUUGGCAGCACCCAGCAGUGAUUAUUUUAUUUUUUUUAAUAUUAAAAAUAUAUUUUUUAACUGCGUUACCAGCCCGACCAGUUGUGAAACUGGGCUGCGCUGGCUCGAAUUUGGGAAUUCCAUUCGAAACAGCUCUAAUUUUAAGUGCUAGUGGAAAAGGGUGUCUUUCUGGUGUCUUCUACAGCCAUUAAACUGCCCCACCCACACUCUCUCACAAACAUAGUGUAGAUGCAGUAGGUGGUAGUUCUUAUCUAGACUCAAAGUAGCUGCAGCUUAAUGCAGGCCUGCUAGGGGAUAUGCGGAGUUUAUGAGCAAAAUGAUGACAGAGUCUCUGUCUCACCUAAUAGUUUACUGCCACAUGACUACACACACUUGAACAUGCGCACGCACACACACACACACAGCUCAAUACCCUUUCCCCCUUCCCCUUUCUCUGUUACAAUCAGAAGCUUCAUUGUACAAAAAAAAAAGAGAGAAUGGUGAAUAUUUUUCUAAAAAGGACACCAAUUGAGACUUACACGUGGGGACUUGA